AGACCCAGGGAUUUUCAAAGUACGCGUUGAAAAUUUUCUACUUUCAUUUUGGUUUAAUAUCGUGCAUUAUCGUCUGGAUUAAUGAAUGAUGCGGUGGAUUUUGAGAACGUAAAUGUUGCAGAAGCAAAGCAGGGAUGGAAAAUACUGAGAUUCAACUUGAAGAUAAAACUAAACAGCUCGAGUUUUUGAAGAAUAUAUGGAAAUCGCCAAGUUCAUCCAACCAAACGUUGAAAUGUAAUAUUGGUUUACAAAUUAAAGAUGACAACUUGAAUAUCAGAAUAAAAUCAACUGAGAAUACACAAAAGGAUUCACAGUCAUUCGAGACCGAGCCGGUGUUUUCAGAUGACGACUUUCUUCCAGUGGAUAACCAACCCUUUUCCUUUAGAAAAUGCAUGCCCUGUCCCAGCAGAAUACAGACACGUGGUAACGAAAGUGACGAGGAUGUGAUCCACAAUGACUUUUAUGUCAAAGAGACAAACACUCGCGGCAGACAGGGAGUCCAAAAGUCAAUGUCACUUGGAAAUUCAAGUCUUCUCAUCGUUUUCCCGGGCGCGUCAAAAUCAGGAUGGAGAAAGGGCUCCGAGGAAGGAAGUUCAACGCGACAAGCUAUUCGUUCAAAUGAAGAAGAUUAUGUGUGCAAUGAUGACGAACGUACCAGCGAGGCGAACGACGCUGGUGUAAGAAGUAUGUUCACGCUUGCUGUGAGUUAUGGUCCUAAGCAUGCUGGUUCUAAAAGUAUCAACGAAUUAGAACACCCCAACAUUCCUUUAAGCAUGGACUAUGGUAAUGUUGCUAAACCCUUUUUGUCUGCAACCGAUGAUUAUUCUGACGAUGUAAACGAUGAUGACGACGACUACUACCAAACACAUCAGCACAACCAGCAUCACCACUGUCACCACCAGCACCACCACUGUCACCACCAGCACCACCACUGUCACCACAACCACACGGAACAUCAAACUGACUGCCUCACCCAUGGGACUCGCAGUAUAGGCGGACAGGAGGUAGAGCAGAAAUAUCUCUUUGAUUACAGCGAUCUUGAAAGAGAACCCCCCAAAAGCUCAAGACAAAACCUCUAUACAAGUACCGGUAUAUACCCAUGUAUCUACGGAUAUGCUGACGGUUGUGGACAGUGCAAAAGCUGCAAGACAGGAAAUAUGAUAAAUAUCAUGGAACAACUGACUGACAGCAUUGACUGUGAAAUUCAUGACGUUGUUCCUGACGGAAACUGUCUGUUCCGCUCUGUCGUUGACCAGCUGAGAAUGAAUGGGCAAUUUCAUUGGACAGCCAGCAAACUACGCCAUCUAGCAGUAGAAUUUUUAAGAGCAAACCCCAAUCACGAAGAUGGGACUCAUUUAGGAAUGUUUUUAUCUACUGAAACCUGGGAUGAAUAUCUCUCUAGAAUGGCUACUGACAAGGAAUGGGGUGAUCAACUUAUUUUACGGGGGAUAAGUAGUGUCACUGAAAGAGUCAUCUCCAUCAUCAGCGCAAUAGGAAGUGGUCAUAAUCAAACAACAAUUAGGCCUUCUAUUCCUAACGAGGACAGGGAACCAGACAAGGAACCUCUACAACUUGGUCACUUUGAUGACCAACACUACGUCAGUCUUAGAAAGAAAACCUGGGCGGACACUUGGUUUGAAAAUGGACGUAAAGUGAACAACAUUCAUGAGGAAGAUUUUCAAGCUAAAGACAGUAUUGUUACAUGGUACUAUUCAUCUUCAGAUAUCGAAGCUACUACAGACGCACUGACAUCGAUACCACUGAAACAUAUUAGUUUCCUCAUCGACAAAGGAAUUCCGAUAUCAUCAUUUCUAUGUAACGAAUGGACUUAUUCGAGUCAACACUCUGACAAGUGUUCCAAUUUUGUAGAAGUCGGGGCGCUAGUGGAAGGUCUGGACAAUACACUCAAUGAUCAGUCAAGAUUACAAAUUUCAUACAAUAAAAGAAGCAAUCAUCGACAUCUAGGCUUGACUGGAAUCGGACUUAUGAGUGCGUACGUCGUUCUGGGAGAUGUUCAGGAGAAAAGCGAGAUAGAAAAUCAGUUUACACUUGAUUUCGAGAACAUGCAACCUUCCAGAGUGAAACUGAUAGUGAUUAAACCUUCAACUACCACUCUUCUCUAUACCCGAAUAGAAAAUGGAACUGCCUAUCUAUCAACAGCACUUUGCAAUAGAGUUAUGGAGAAGGGAACAAAGAUGUUUGUAGCAAUAGAAUGUCUCAAGUGGCCCCCUUCUGUAUUAGACUCUUGGUUAGCAAGAGAAAGACCAGCUAGUUGGCCAACAAAGGACAUUAUAUCAAAAGUAUCGAAAGAGAGAUGUGUUGUUAUUCCCGAUAACUCUUCUGAUAGAUUGACUUGGAGACUAAAUUUCAUGAUUCCUCUCAAGGCAUUAAUCAAGAGUGGCACUAGCGCUCACCAGCGUCAUUGCUACAGAAUAUUCAAACUUUUGAUUGAUAGUUCAAGUAACGACAACAUGACCCUGUCAGUAUAUUCCGUUAAAUCAAUCUUUCUACAUGCCAUGGAGAAAGUUCCUCCACCAUACUGGAAACACAACAAGGGAGGAUGCUUAUUGUACUUGUUAGAUCGUUUGUUGUUUUCCAUUCAGAAAAAAUGUAUUCCAGACUAUUUCAUUCCAUCGUGGAAUGUACUAGAAGAUGUACCAGAAAGGGUAUAUAACAGUCUUUACUCUCGAAUUUUGGCGAUUCGUCAGUUUCCGAUUACUUCAAUAGUUUUGAUGGCAGAAAGGCAUGGAUUACCCGGAAGUACUUUCGCGGAACCUCUGAUAGAUCAUAUGGAGUCGGUAAAAGGUGGGAAUUACAUCGAAGGAUCUGAGAAAGAUGUCUACUUCCAGAUCAGCAUCGAAGAUGUAAAAAACAAAAUAUUGUACUAUUACUUGGAAAGCGCUACCAACUCAUUUGUUGAGCUGUAUGAAAACUUCAUUCUGUCUGACAAAGAUGCGCCAUCAAUGGAGGAAUUUGCAUGUUCCUGUUUGCAAGACUUGCCACAUAGAAUGCAGUGGUGGUUCUACUUUAUGUUAGACCAUUUUCAUGAUAGAAAAUCUCUCAAAGUUAUUAUGAGCCAUUAUGGUGGAAGGUCUAUCAGCGAUUUAUUGGGACCGAAUAAGAAGGUGGGAAAGUUUGAUGAAGUACGCAUACCACCUCCUUUGAUGCAUGACAUCAAAGCAUACAGCACAUGCGAAGCCGAUGUUGCUUUCAUAUCAGAACUGUCUUCAAUGCUUUUGACUGCCCAAUCGUACAAUCACAGUGCUCAUUAUACAAUGGAAUGUAUUCGCCUCUUAAAAGAAAAGAUAAAGGCCAGUACAAACUUUAGCCAGAUGGAUUCUGGACAGGUUCAUUAUCAAGCGAACUACAAAGGCCAAAUCACGACUUUGCAAUAUUACAUGUCUCUGCUAAUGGCAUUCCGACGUCUCUUUACUUGUCUGAAGUUCAUGGGUACUGUUGAUCUUUUCUCGGAAUACCUUGAAGACGCGGAGAAUGCAUGCGCAAUGAUAGGGAAGUCGGAUAAUUAUUACUACUUGGCGGAAUUUUACAGGGUUUUGGGAUGUACGGAGAAAUACCGUGAAGCCAUCAGGGUAUACAACGAUGGUUACGAGACGUACGACCAGGAAGUGUCGUAUGACUAGUAUUACGACCAGGAAGUGUCGCACGACUAGUAUUAGAACCAGGAAGUGUCGUAAGACAAAUAUUAAAACUACAUGUAUGCGAAAAAUGAAUUUUGUGCAGGUGUAUUAAACAGUGUAAAUGGGGGAGAAAUCCGUCUACAAGGACAUAAAACAUAAGAAAAUUGCAUUGCUUAGAAUUACAAAAGUUGAAUUGAUUCAUACUGGAACACUAGUGAUUUAAUAUUAAAAAAUGAUGGGCAUAAUCGCGUGCAAUGUGUAUAUUGUAUACGUCUUUACACGUUACUUUCUUUUGUUGUUGUUGUUUUAUUCUCUUUACAAGCUUGUAAUUUAAAAAGAUUAGAAUGCUAGCACCACAUCUAUUAUAUACUAUGCAACUAGAGGUUUUAAAAAUGUUUGAGUAUUGAUUAUAAAAUUUCUAUCAUUAGUGAUUAUCAUUACUUAGAAUUUAUAGAUUUUUAGGACCUGCAUUUUCUGCAUGUAAUGUUGGGGAAUUUGAUUGACUGGCUUUUUAAAUAUUGCAAUACAUGAUAGAAAUGUAUGAUAAUAAAUCACGAUUAAUUCUGGUUAAUGUGAAUAAAAAGAAUUAAAAUUGG